AUGAGGACAUUAAUCAGUGGAUCCACCACUGGGGCCCGCGGUUGCAGGUUCGCAGCUCGGAAUUCCGCAUGGGGCAUUGGCACCAUCGCCGACUCGGCAUUCCAGCCAGAACUCCACGUCACAUACAGCGCAGUAAAAAAAUGCACGUACACGCGAAAAAGCAGCACCUUCGGCUGCUGCGGCGUCCUCGCCCGCCCUUCCGGCGUGUAUUACGCGGAGAUCCGCUCCGGUGAUACACGUCUCGGUCUCGGGACGUUCGAGACCGCCCACGAGGCCGCCCACGCGUACGACGCGACGGCGUGGCACCUCUGGAGGCCACGGGCGCAGUUGAAUUUGUCGGACACGCGAGCAGGCGUAGGAACUCGCCCCCCCCCCCCCCCCCCCCCGCUGCUAAUCACCGCGGAGGACCACCACAUCCAGCGGAGGCGGGAGCGCCACCUCCUCAUCGCCGAGACGGAUGAGCACGCCAUAGCGGCAUGGUGGGAGCGCUUCCCGGAGGAUGUCGCCACCGAGAACGAGUUCUGGGCGCAGAGAGCCGCGGAUCGGGCGGACAGGCGUGAGCGUAAGGCACUGGCGGUAGUGCAGUGUGAACUGAGAUCUGCGUCGACAUUUGACGACAAUGAUCCUUGUUGGGAAGACGCGUUUCUGUUGUCGGACGACACCAUCAAGGAGGACGAGGAGUAG